AUGUCUAGCUCCGAUAAAGAGAACUGGCAGAGGCUAUGGGGCGAGUACAUCAAGUCGCUUGACAACUGGAAGGAGAUGUUUGACUCGAUGCAAAAGGCCGCUGCGACCAUGCAGGAGAACUUUAACCGGAUCUGGGAGAAGGCCAGCGGCGAGUCCUCCUUGGACACCAUGAAGUCCUUUGGCGAGAACUGGCAAAGAUCCAUGGGCGUGACGCAGAACGACUUUAUGCGACAGUUCUCUGACAACUGGCAGAAGACAGUCUCGGAGGCUACUGCUGACUCGUUCAAAAAGUUUGGCGAGCAGUGGCAACAGUCCAUGGGGGACGGCGGAAUGAAGCAGAUGCAGGCCUACGGCGACAUGAUGAAAAAGUUUGCCGAGACCUGGGAUGCCAUGUGGCCCCAAAAGAGUAGCAAUACCAAAAUAGAUUAA